AUGGCCGCCACUACGCAGCCCCCGGUGCGCUUCACUGGCCAUGAAGGUCUUGCCCUUCGCCUGGUCCUGUCGACCAUCACCGGGCGAGCUAUUCACGUCUCCCAGAUCCGCUCUGCCUCCCUCAAUCCCGGCCUGACGCCCUAUGAAAUCUCGUUUCUGCGCCUUUUGGAAGCAGUCACCAAUGGCUCCCACCUCGAAGUCUCCUACACAGGCACCAUUCUGCUUUAUAAACCCGGUCUGAUCACAGGUAGUGCUGCUGGAGUGGGCGCAAGCCGCGGCGUCGUCACACAUGAACUGCCGGCCGGAUGCACUCGCGGAGUCAGCUACUUUCUGCUCCCCUUGUGCCUCCUUGCCCCCUUCUCCAAGGCCCCCGUGAAUGUCCUUUUUACCGGCCCUGGGGUGAUCACCUCCUCUACCCCAUCGGGUGAUAUGUCCGUCGAUAGCGUACGGACAGCGAUUCUCCCACUCUUUGCUCAGUUUGGUAUCUCCAACAAUGUUGAGUUGCGUGUGCUGCGGAGGUCAAACCCGGGCACUAAUGGGAAGGGAGGCGGCGGGGAGGUGCAGCUUGUUUUCGGCCAUCAAGUUCGCCUUCCCAAGACCCUGCAUCUCUUGAACCCCGGCAGAGUAAAGAAGAUCCGUGGAGUAGCAUACUCAACUGGCGUUUCUGGUAGCAAUAACGCACGCAUGAUUGAUGUUGCUAGAGGGGUCCUCAACCCCUUUGUAUCUGAUACCUAUAUUUUCUCUGACGUCUCCUCUGCUCCCUUGGUCCCUGCUCCAGAGAGGAAUAACCCCGCUGCUAAGAAGAAGAUUGGCGUGGGCUUUGGUCUUUCUCUCGUAGCCGAAUCGUCCACCGGCUGUCUGUACUCUGCUGAUGUAGCAUCUCCACCCUCUGGCGGGCAGCCUCCCGAAGAUAUAGGGAAACAGUGUGCAUAUCAGCUGCUGGAGUCGAUUGCUACUGGUGGCUGUGUGUCAAAAGUCGCCGCUCCGACUAUACUCACCCUUAUGUCUAUGGGAUCAGAGGACGUAGGACGUCUGCAGGUUGGUCGUGAUGUCGUCUCUGAUGAAACCGUUGUCCGUCUUGCCAGGGACUUGAGCAAGCUUGGGGCCGCCGGAUGGGGUGUGAGAGACGCCCCUGACUCUGACGACGGCGAGAUAAUUCUCAGUGUCGUUGGAAGGGGUAUAGGAAACAUCGGCAGAAAGAUCGCUUGAUGGGUAUUCUUCCUCUCUUAUCUCACUAAAAGUCGUCAAGCUCAACUUAUAUCACCAUCAAGAGGUUGUUUGCUGCUGCGCUGAUGCUGCACCAGAGUAUCUCUCCUUCCCUUGGCCACAGUAAUGCAGGUGCGGACAUGCUCGUUAACGGGCCAACCCACGCAUAUCACAACGCGGAGAACAUCCAUACGGCCUGCCUGGCUUUCCGUCUCUACCAUAUCCUACUACAAGUAAAGAGACUAAAUCAACAGACCGGCUGUCCUACUCUCUGGCGCUCCAUCGCAGCCUUCCUCGACUCCUACUUUAUCCCAGCAAGAGCAUCAAGCUCCAGCCCCAUCGCUUAUUACAUAGCUAUAUCACUUCGACUUAUAAGUAUAUCCGUCUGUAUAGCUACGAAAUACCCUGUGGCCGCUAUACCAUUUACCUACACGGCCAUACUACUUAUCCAACACCUCUGUGGUCUCUUCCAGUGCCUACGUUGCCAUCACUAUGUACAAUAGCUAGCACCAGGUCUCCUGGACAUACCAAUACAAUAUCCUAUUCUACUAUGCUAUCAAUAUCCGUUCUAACCUGUUCCCUAUCCUCCCUUCUCAUGCUCAUGGUCCCCUAUCUCUACCCCUACCUCUACCAUCGUCACCGUCUGCCUGCUCCUAUUUCUCAAUAUCCGCCACCGUUCCGAUUCCAUGAGAUUCCAACUGACGUCGACUCUGACACCAACCACUGGUUCGAUAUCCCAUUUAGGAAUAUAUGACGCCGGUUCCAGAUAUUCAGCAACUUUGUCAAACACCACCUAUAUAAACCCCAUCUUUUCCUCUCUCCCUUCUUCUCCCUUUCUUCUUUUUCCUCUUUUUUUCUCCCCGUAUUGCUCUCCUGUGUGUGUGUCGCCCACCCACUUGCUUCACCUUCUUGCUGAUCCGCACACUCGUCAAUUGGUGUGCCCGUGAUACUUUAUACCUGUACAUAUAUCUUAUCACGUCUACCCGCCUGUCACUGCCAGUAUGGCAUACACGCAAAUGUACACUUGUGGUCCCUCUCACGUCCUACCCACAAUCGGGUCCCUCGCCGACUCCAUCAACCGAACCGAGGACACCUCCUUUUUCGACUUCUUUUGCUCUACCCCAGAGGCAGAGUCGAUCCGAGCCACUUUCGGCGAAGUGGCAUACCAACAAUACGUCGAACAAGCUCUCGUUAGUCGACAAGCGAGAGCGGCCCGAGCGGCCGAGAUUAG